CAGCCAGUCCCCAAGCCGACAGCCUGGAUUUCCUCCUUGAUCCUGAGAAUGUCGAGGAUGUGGAGCCUCCUGCCGCCUUCUUUUGUUCCGGCCACCCUUCGCCCGGUCACGCCUCUCUUCAUCCUCGGACUUAUUUGGCCACUGGCGAAUUGGAACGUUGGUUAAACGGGCACACGCUGCCCCGUCCCGCCCCCUCGGCCCAUGCCCACUCAUUUUUCGGCCAUGAUUACCCGCUGGCGGCGGUGAUGGACCCGACCAGUUGCGUCUGGGACAUUUUCUAUGCCAAUUGGGACGCGCUCUUCUUUCCCGCGCAGAACGCCAAUCAGGCCACGCCCACUCACUGCCGAGGCACCCAGCCCGGGUUAUCCGAUUUGUCCGGGUUCUCUAGCCAAUUGCGAUCGUUUUUAGCUUGGGUCCGAUUCGCCAGUUCAUGCCCAACGUUGCUGGCGACGCAAUCCGACUUCAAUCUGGCCUUUUUUCUUCGAUCCUUGCAGGAUUUGCAUCGGGGAUUAGAGGUCAUGCGGGAUUUACCCGUUCAUGUCUUGGUGGCCAAUGCGGUCAACGAAGAUAACCGAAAUCUCCCGUCACAUUACUUCCAUUUAAUCUUGGAUGGCUUGUGGACGGUUUAUGUGGCUUUGCGCUCAAUGAGCUUGAGUUCACGGAACUUUUCCGAAUUGUUACGGAUACCGGGCUGGCCUCCGGGCUUUUGCGCCUUUCAGGGCUUAGCUGGGCCCACCACGAACGUCUCGGAAAGCGUGACAAAUCCUGAGAUCGAAAGUUUCAAGCGAGAAGUGAGUGGGCGGAUUUAUUGUGAGUUGACCUUUUUAUUGAGGCAUCGCUUCGAUCGGUUAGGCAUUCGCGAGACCUGGACUGGUCCGACCAAUUUUAUGCGACUGAGCUUUUUCAAUUACUCGAGCUUCAAUUGCACUUGUAUUCGAGACCUGUUCCUGAUGUUGUUCCACGUGGAAAGUUCUGGGAAUGUGUGCCAUUUUUGGACCGACUUGAGGCUCGGUUUGAGUGCCCAAUACCAAGUGGAACUCGCGGACUCUAGCACUUGUAUGGCGCCACUCUGGGAGCCCGAGCUAAUCACCUUGGGGAGGAAUCCCCAGCCUUUAAAGUCCGUUGAAGGUCAGAUGUUUAUGUGGUGGGUCAUUUUUCACGUCAGUGCUAUCUUUCACCUUGAUUGCCAAGGUCGAGGUGUGAGUGACUCGAACUCGUUACCCCAAGAGUUUGUGCAUGUGAUCGAGAAACAAGUGAAAGAAAGUGUUCAAUUGAUGGGCGACGCCCAUGAGAUCGAAAUGAGGACGAUUCUGUGGACUCUGAUCCGGGUGUUCCCACUGAGCGGACCCAGUUUCAACGUACUUCAUAUGCUCUGGGAUUACUUUCACAAGCGUUUAAAUGACCAUUUUAGUGCCAUGAAUUCCGUUGCCGUAGUCAAUCUAGCCUUGUUACCCAAAUCCAUCCGUGAUUGGGACAAAAGUUUGCCCUCCCCAGGGGAUGAACGUGAUUUCCAAUCGUGUCUAGUAAAGGCCAAAGAACGGAACAGCUUCGAGCUGUUCUUGAAACUCCUGCAAUUGUAUCUGAGCUCAAACGAUGCCCUCAAGUUGAGGGCCAAGAUUUCGGGGCGGAUCCUGUCCAAAUUGCCCUCCAAACGCUUACUGGAACUAACCCAAGUGGGUUGGUUCCACUUGAUCUCUUUACAAAUAGUGAUUUUUCGGUGUUCCACUGCGCAAGAUGCCCAGCAAAACUUGUCCCGAAUCCAAGGACUAAUCAGUUCGAUCAAGUACAAAGAGCUUCAUCCCAAGAAGAGGGUGGUCAUCCUCCAAGGCAUGGCCACACUCGCUCGAGUCUCUUUGGACAAGGAUCAAGAUCCGGUCAAAGCCAUAUCCGUUCUGAUGGGAGUUCUCAAUCACACCAUUGACGAGACCAUGCAAAAACGGAGCGACAAUUGCUUGCAGAGAUUGGCUCAAUCCUGUAUGGAGGUGUGGACUCAAUUCAUGGAAGAAGCCUUGCUCUCACCCUCAACCGAGUUGACCUUGAUCCAAUCGCAAUUGCUCUCACCUCAGCUCGGGUCUUACAUGAAGCACUUCUCAUCGAACGAGUUGCACUCCAUCAUUUCUCAAUUGAGCGGCUUCGUCAUGAAAAUCCGCCGGUUUUAUGAUGCCUUCAACGACAAGAACGUGUUUGCCAUCACGGAGGAGGAAUCCAUAACCAAAGAGAAAAUUGACCAAACCCACGCGCUCCUUUGGAGCAGAGUCUUCCAACUCAUCCAUCAAGACCUCGCCCUCCGACUGAUUGGGCCUCAUGAGCCCAUGGCCGAGCUGGUUGUAGGCCUGCUGCUAAUGCUAAUACAAGGACAAAUGCCAGCCUCGGUCAAUUUGAAACCCUUUUCUCACUAUUUCCAAUUCUUCGCUCAGUCGGAGGCGGUGAAUCCGAAUUUCGCCAGUCACUUCCUCUUGAACGUGGUGGAGAGUGCUCAAUCCCAUCUAAGGGAGUCUCUCAUUAACCUAGAACAAGUCAUCAAGGGUUGGAUACGGGUGGGCAUGCUUACCACGAAAGAUUCGACGAAUUAUGCCACGUUUCAAGCUCUAUCCAAAGAAGUGUUCGUUUUGGAGGAGCUUAAUGGCAUAAAGCCAUAUAUGACUUCUGACGAAGAUCAACAUCCCUUGGUCAUUUUCAUCACGGCCUUGGGAAACUUGACCAAAAUGAGUGAUAACCACUUAAAGUCACUCAGAUCGUCAUAUACCCAAUACUUGUUGAUCGCUGUUGAAAGCUUGAGGAACUUGAAGAAGUUCGAACGGACGAAUCCGUCCGUAGUUUUGCAUCUCUAUCAGUCAGCCGCUUUGAUGAUCGAAAAAUGUGCCCGUCUCUUGUAUGACCACGACACCAAUGAAUUCAACCACCUUGGACCCAUCCUCAACGAACUGUUCGUACCUAAUGUCAUUCAAAAUCCCAAAUACAACUUGCCCGAACUCUAUCAAAAAGCUGUACGUCAGACCUUGAGCCAAGUCAUCUAA